CCAUUUCUUACGAUUAACUCAUUGCUACUUUCAAUUUUUUUUAUGCAUUACUCUUAUGCCUCGUCUUUUUUUUUGUUUCCCCAUUUUUCUAUCCCAACAGAGAUAGAGUUUCUUUGCUGUUUCUUUUUUUGUUUCGUUUUGCAACAUACGUGACAUAUAUUUACAGAUUCUGAGAUCUUUAUGGUGAUCUAACUGUGGAAACCUUCGUAAGAAUUAACAGAGAUUUUUAGCUUCCAAGAUCUUGUUUUCCUUUUUCUUUCUUUUUUUUUGAGUUUUGUUUUACGGCGCUAUUUAGUUUCUUGAGUUUCUAGACCGUGUUUGGGAGAUUUGACUUCUUAAACGCGAAUGAUAUGCGUUGAAAUUAAUAUGAAUGUUUUUAUCAAAGAGAAAAACAGGUCGGUCGCAUAUGUAAGAAAAUUUCUUCUGGUGGAGGUUCUCAUUAAUUAAAGAAAGCGAUGCGGACAGACCAUUUCCUAUGUUUUUCAAUAUAAGCGAUAGUUUCUGUUUUGUCGGUUGCCCAGAACUAGGUAAAAGAUGUUGAAGUUUCGAACCGUGUCUUAUUCGCUUAAUUUCCGUUGGAUGUAAAACCUUAAAAAUCUUUUUACGAAAUUUCAACUCUGAUUUCUUGUUAGAUGCCAUUUUAGCAUACGUUGUUUGUGGACUAGGAAUUCUCGCCAACAAGUUUCACUAACAUUGACUUUGAAUGAAUUAAACUAUGUUGUAAAAAGCUAACUGCUUUAACCGGUAACUUCCAUUCAUUUUCUGUAUUUUAUACUUGUACUUCUUCCUUUAUAUCUCUAGUCAUUCAUGGGGUAAAGUUGAUGGUCGUUUUUAGUGGUUGAAGCGUCUUUUCAAAAUCGAAUGGGCCAAUCAAAUUUAUGUUUUGUGUUUAUACUGUUUAUUAUUAUUAUUAUAGUGGUGACACGUUUUUGUAAAAAUUGAAAAUUUCUAUGUAUUAGAUCUAGAAGUGCUACAAUCCAGGCCAAUGUCGGGCCAUAGCACGUAUACCAUAUCACUUAUAUAUAUGCAGACACGUGUAAGCGACUACUGUUAGGUAUGGAGGUGUAUAUUUAAAUAGUUAUGUAUUACGUAUGUUGAUGUUAAAAUAAAUUGGUUGCCCCAAUAAUUUUUAUAAGGAAUUCAUCUAAGCCAAGAAACGUAAUAAGUGAUCAAACAUGUCGUAAUUGGUGAGGUAAAGCAUACAUCGAGAGAUAAUUUAUAGUAUAUAUAAAGGAUAUCAUGAUCACGAGCGCUUAUAUUUGCUUCAGAACAAAAUAUAUCGUUUCUGUACUUUUGUUGUGAUAGCAGUUUCAACUUUUCAGCGAGGUCUCUUUUUUUCCCAAACAUUUGACGAAAACACCAAAUAUUUUCAUUUGGGCCCAAUUCUUAAAAGAUGCUAACUUAUCUGAACUGUCAUUAAAGAACAUGACUAUGAAUAAAGUAGUAAAGAUCUUUGUAUACAGUUAAAUUUCUUUCCUUCGGGGUGAUUUCUUUAGUUGCACUUCCUUUCUUUGACGGUAAGGUUGGCUUCUUUUUUCAACCCUUGAGGAUCAAGAUGGUUGCUGCUUCACUUAGUUGUUUACUUAGUCUGAUUUUCUGUUAUUUAUGAUUCACUUUAAGUUUGGUCCACAAUGGAAUUAACUGGAACCAAGUUUAAGGUUUUGCUGUUUUAACUGUUCUGCUUCUGUUUUUAUUCUUUAAUCUUUUUCGGGGUUUCCGAUAUUUUCUUUUUCGUAAAUAUCCGCACAGACAAUUUUCUGUUAUUAGUGAAGUGGUAGACAUGAUUCUUUCCUAACAUUAACGAAAAUGAUUGAGCUGAAAUGGGGUCCGCUAGACUGGAUCCGCCAAACUUUGGGAAGAACUAUUUGCAAAGUUUCCCGUUGAAUUUGCUUCCUCGCCAGUUUUAUGUCGCAAGAAAAUAUUGACUUUUUUUUUUAUAAUUAUUUUCUUCUAUGACAAAAAGCUUCUAAACGCGGUUAGUCCAUUUUGAUGCUUUUGGUGCAUGUGUUUACCGGGCAAUCUGGAACAGGUUUAGGUGAAAUUCCCUUGAAUUUUGAAGGUGUUAGACCAUCCUUCUCAUGAACAUCAUUGACAAGAUAAUGUUCAGGCAGCCGCAAUAAAUGCGGUGUACUUUUGGAGAUGAAAAGUUUCCAGGAAGUCUGCGCUUGAUGGACUGCUUACCAACUACCAGUGACAAGAAAACGUUGAAGAGGUGGUUUUUCAUAGAUAAACGGGUCGGGUAAAGAGUUCUUGGAUUAAGUAGACGUCUGUGUUUAUUAAUACUGUAAGUAGGCAUUGCAAGUGCGGUCUGGCCAAUGGAGUUGAAGUCAAAUCAUGCUUCUCCUGUUCUCACUGAUCCCGCACCAGUAAACAAGUCAAGACUGGGGAUCCAUUCAAGUCUGUUGCCUUAUGGGCAGCCGGGAGCAUCAGUUUCUUCUGGAAAGUUUGUAACAAUCCCAAGAAAAAAGCCUGGAAUGUUUGAUGAUGUUAGGUCCAAUGGUUGGCUGGAUGCCAUGAAAUCCUCAUCACCUCCUCGCAAGAAGCUCCUUAAGGAUUUCAAUUUAGAGAUAGCUUCAGAUGAUGUUGACGUUGCUUACAGCUCCUGGAUGCUUAAGCAUCCUUCCGCACUUAAAUGCUUUGAGCAAAUUACUAAUCAUGCAAAGAGCAAGAAAGUAGCUGUCUUUCUUGAUUAUGAUGGGACUCUCUCUCCCAUAGUAGAUGACCCAGAUCGUGCCAUUAUGUCUGAUCCUAUGCGAUCGACUGUAAGAGACGUUGGAAAGAUUUUCCCUACAGCAAUUAUUAGUGGAAGAAGCCGUGACAAGGUUUAUGAGUUGGUAGGACUAACAGAACUAUAUUAUGCUGGUAGUCAUGGCAUGGACAUCAUGGGACCUGUUAAUCACACAGAGCCCAAUGGCCCAUCCCAAAUUGUACUAAAUCUACUGACCAACCGGGGAAAGAAGGUAAAUCUUUUCCAGCCCGCUAGUGAGUUCUUACCCAUGAUUGACGAGGUUUUUAGAACCCUCGUCGAGAAUACUAGAGGAAUCAAAGGUGCAAAAGUUGAGAAUCACAAGUUUUGUGCCUCUGUACAUUACCGUAAUGUAGAUGAGAAGAACUGGCCUACUAUUGCACAAUCAGUUCAUGAUAUCUUAAAAGAUUAUCCGCGGCUGCGAUUAACUCACGGGAGGAAGGUUUUAGAGGUUCGUCCUGUGAUUGAUUGGGAUAAGGGAAAAGCAGUGGAAUUUCUGCUCGAGUCCCUUGGGCUAAAGAAUAGUGAGGAUGUGCUCGCAAUUUAUAUUGGAGACGACAAAACAGAUGAAGAUGCAUUCAAGAUGUUGCGAGAGAGGAAUCAAGGAUAUGGGAUCUUGGUAUCUUCAGUACCCAAAGAAACCAAUGCAUUUUAUUCCCUCAGAGACCCAUUAGAGGUAAAGAAAUUCCUCAAGUCUCUGGUAACAUGGAAGAAACUAAACGUGAUGUAAGUUGGCGAGAGGAGCACGGAGUCAUCCGCCUAUAGGAUAUAGCCCUUUAGGUUAACUCAUAAUAAACCAAUGGUUCUAGUUGGCUUUUUUCCACCUAUUAUAUUUUAGUUAUUAUUAUUAUUUUUUUAAUAUUUUACUUGUGGUAAAGGUUUUCUUUUUAUUUUUUUUUUUUAUUUUGUGGUCUAAAAUGUUUAAUUUGAAGUUUAUUUUUAUGUGGUUAAAUUAAUUGUAU